CAUCACACUCAACUCCCAACUGACUGUGUCAAGAAAGUCCCAAACGCGUUUUGCACCUGAGUGUUUUCGAAAAAUGAACUGUGGCACAUUAUUGGGCUCAAGCCAACGUCUGGACCAUGGCAUCUGAAGAAGACGAAGUAAAGUCUACGUUCUAUACCAAAGAGGGACAGUAUUGCCUCGAAAGGGGUUUGGACUUGUGCCGCCCUGACGGUCACCCGUUCGUAACGUUGAACAAUUGGCCAGUGAACCUGUCUUUUGUGACGAUAAAUUCAAAGAAAACUGGUCCCGAGACAUUUGUAACAUUCAAUGUUGAGAGCCAACUCCUCCUGCAUCGCUACACAGGAAUUUCCACUGAGAGGCCAGACCUCCAGCGACCUACCUUUCGGCGAACCUGGAAGGGAUGUGCACCGCUCUCUCAUGAUUUCAACCUGCUAACUCGAAACUCCUACAGCGUGGACCUUGCUGUGGGGUUUACAAGUGGCGUAGUGUUGUGUCUUGAUCCAUUCAAGAAUCAGCCACAGCUGCACUUCAAUGAUGCUCAACAGGCCGACAGGACCACAGUGUCAGUAGUAAAGUGGGUUCCGGGAACAGAGAACUUGCUUCUAGCAGGUCACUUCAGUGGUUGCCUGUACCUGUACAAUCGAGACCUGCCGAAUAGUUCACACCCACAUUACUCACUAGUUUACCAGGGUCAGACGUACUCGGUAUCGAGCAACAAGUCCAAAGGCAAGAACCCUGUUCAGCGCUGGACAGUGGGCCACACCAGUGGCAUUGGCCAGAGAGAUGGUGACACUCUGAGGCGCCAUAGCAACUCGUCGACUGCCUCCUACACAUCGGCGGGCUCUUCUCCUCCCGAUGGACAUUCGAUAAACGACCUUGCCUUUUCGCCUGACUGCAAACACUUUGCUGUUGCGUCCCAGGAUGGGCACAUGAGAGUAUUUGACUUUGAGCGGCAGCGGCUGGUGUGUAGCAUGCGGAGCUACUUUGGCGGCAUGACGUGCGUGUGCUGGAGUCCCGACGGCCGCUACAUUGUCACUGGAAGCGAAGACGACCUAGUUGCCGUCUACUCAUUCCACCAGCGGCGACUUGUGGCCCGUGGACGAGCGCAUUGCUCGUAUGUAGCGGCGGUGGCAUUUGAUCCGUACAACACGUCACCAGACUGUCUCUCUCCACCGAAUAGAUGUGUGCCGGAGGUUAGCGUGACUGGUGAGGCUGGUGAAGAGGGACAACAGACGCACACUGAUGCAAAUAGCCUUGCUGUGGAUAGUCGUAGCUGUGUGAGUGGUGUAAGUUCCGUGGCCAAUUCGACAGACGCAAUCAGCACGACAACAGCCAAGCCGAGUGCCAAUGAGACAGCUGCUUCGCCUUCAUCUUCCUGUGCUGAUGUCAACUCGGCCAGUGCUGAAGGAGCGGCACCUUCCAGCAGUGCCUCUGUUUCUGCUGAUACCAGUAGCGCAGCCCUUAAGCUUCAGACCACUACGGCUGGUAGUACUGCUGCAUCGACAAUGGUGCCAGAGCUGGACAAUGCCGAGGUGUGUACCAGCACGGGCAAGUUGAGUAAUGGUGACAGCAACAUCUUCUAUCGCUUUGGCUCUGUCGGUCAGGAUGGCCGGCUCACACUCUGGGACCUUGGCGGUGACAUACUAGGUUCCGAUUCUAGCAGCGUGCCUCUUGCUUGCCAGCCGACGCAGCGCUGUGUGUCGACUUCGCCACACACGCAUCCACGCCUGGCCUCUGCCAGUAGCCAGGGUGAGAGCACCUCUGCAGCUGUCGGCGGCACGGCGUCUCAGCGUGAUGCCGGCGACCAAGCCGCUACCGGCGAUGGCCAGACCGGUGCAGACUCUGACUCUUUGUCAGCUGCUGCUGCUAGAAAUGACACCAGUGGCGGUGGUAGUGUGUCUAGUGGCCGUCCUGGCUCAUCCCUUGGUCGUCCUAUUCCGAGUAGCAGCACAGCCAGCACUCCCGUACCACCAGCUCCGGCGUCGCUCGUACCCAAUAGCAGCGGUGGAGGUGGUGGUGCUGGUGGUGGUGGCGGCAGCAGCAGCGGUGGCGGCUCCCAGUCCAUGUGGAAACGUGCCAGUCACAUAGUGCGAAGGGGCCACAAGAAUCGUAACCGAGCUGGCGGAGGUCUGAAAGCUGCCGGAGGUAAUCUUGAUGAGCCUGUCGAGCAGCCACCGGUCUAUAGUAUGGAUGACAUUCCCGUCAUGCCAGCCUUGAUGUGCAAGCGAAUAUCACCCGAACGCCUCUCGUCAAUAGUGUUUCGUAGCGAUUGCAUCAUCAUCUCCUCACAGGAUGGUUUUGUUCACUACUGGUCAAGGCCGCAUGUUCAAGUGAACGGCGAUGGACGGCAUAGUACUAGUAGCCACAAUGCCACCGCCGCCGCCGUCGCAUCAUCUGAUCGGGCUGCUCAACCUGCUCAGCAGCAUAGCAGUGGACGUGACAAUUCAACUCUUCCUAGAACUGUACAGAAGGCGCCAGCCGUUUCAUCAGUGUAAUGUGCACUGGGGCCCCGGCCGCGAUGCACUGUGAGUCAGGCGCACGAUGGUACGCGCCACUGUCCACAGUGCUCGGAAACGUUCCCAUUCCAUAUUCUAUAGUCCGUAUGUGACAUACACAUAGCUGAUCGACGUAACAGUCGAUUGUAUUGUAGUUAGGUAUCAACGAUUUUAGGCUUGCUCACUUCAAUGUCUACGUGUUAAAAGUACUUGACAGGUGCCCUAGACCCUAGUUAGACGAAUCAACCUACUCAUGAAUCUGGAUUUCUACCCACACGGUACUUUGUUUUGCCUGGUUUGCAAGCUUUCGAUUCCGUACGCUCUGCUGAGUGCGGGUAUUCAAUGGCGUAUAUAUGAAUGCCACUAGCAUGGUGACCAUCUCUACCACCAUGUACCGUCUUGCCAAAUUUCUUUUUUUUCCCCAUUCUCAAAUCACUAUUUAAUUCCGCGUGUGCAUCUGUACGCGUGCGUGUGUGUGUGUGUGUGUGUGUGCGCGCACGCGUGCGUGCAUGUGUGGAUGUGUGCAUUGUCUUUGUCUACCGCUGUCCGCCUUGCCUUGAGGUUUCCUGCAUACCGUGCUAUGUGAUCUUUACCAUUUAACCCUCCUCCGUGUCAUUUCAAUUUUCAAUUUUUUACUCUCAGGCUUGAGUUGCCGUCUUUCGGCCCUGUUUUUUCUGCGUUGUACGUCCUGCUUCAGUAGUCGCUUUGUCUGGCUUGGACAUGCCAAGCGAUAUUUUAUUUCCCCGCGGUUUUAGGCUGUGGUUGCUGGCCAUAUUAGUUUUCAUUGUUGUCUCAAUCUUUUACUCUCACUAUUGUCGCUGUUGUUGUUGUUGUUGUUGUUGUUGUUGUUGUUGUUGUUGUUGUUGUUGUUGUUGUUGUUGUUGUUGUUGUUGUUGUUGUUGUUGUUGUUGUUGUUGUUGUUGUUGUUGUUGUUGUUGUUGUUGUUGUUGCUGCUGCUGUUACUGUGCCUGUGACUGUUGCUGUUACUGUUGGAAUCCAAUCUCAUUUCAACAGUUGUUGCCCCGAGUGUGAAAUGAGCUGUGACUGUACCAUUCUAACGUCGUGAAAACAGAUAACUCUUCAUUGGAGUUCUUUGUCCACGAUUGAAAUAUUGCUGGUAUUUAAAAAUAUA